AUGCUGAGAUAUCCUGAUGUCAACGGGAAGAACAAGUGUGGGACCUGCUACAGGGACAUACUUGUUGAAGGGCCGUCAAAGACUGGGAAGAAUAUAGGGUGCUUUUACAUCAAGUAUUUUCACAGCUUUGCGCAAGGCGACGCCCCCACCAACUGGAGUCCAGCGCCUCAACCACCAAUGCACAAGUCCAACAACAGCGGCGCACAGCGGACAUGUUCUCGUGAACCUUGCAAGAAGGAUGCCCACGGGAGCUGUGCAAACAAGGCAUGCAAGUUCUGUUGCGUUGUCUUGGGAGGUUGUUCCAUCAAGGGACACAAUGAGGCCGCGCUCUCCCAAGCGCAGUUGUCCAAACUCGUCGCCUUCAAAGGAUCUUCCUCACGCAACCCUCUUCCAUCCCCCCCUUUGACGACACCACUCCGAAAUGCGCCCUCCCAUUUCCCACUGGAUCCCCGACUCACCACCCAACCAGAGCGCUCAUCCGAGGAGCUUGCCUGGCUUCGCUCUAAACCCGUGUCCGUGUCACCUAUGCAGCAAGAGGAGGAAUUGAAUUUAAGGAAACAGCAGGAAGAAGCAGAACGUGAGGCAGAGCUCGAACGCUUGGAGGACGAGGAUUACCGCAGGGCAGUGGCAGAGUCACUUUCCCUUCUUUCGUCAACAUCUGCCGCCUUAAGUCCUCCCGCUUCUUCUCAGGUGCUUUCUCCUGCAUCUGAAACCUCGACUUCCAUCCUUGUUCAAGGGCUUCCUGUCACCCGCGUCAAUGCCUCAAACUAUCCCACCAUCACCUCGCACCUGAGUGAUGAUUGGAUGCGCCGUCAUGAAGACCGUACAAAGGUCCCUCAAGCUAUCCGCAAAGGCCAAGUUGAUUCGGAGCUGAUCAAGCGGUUCCGGGUUGUCUGGUGGUCAAAGGCUGGCACGAAGCCGGUGACAAUUCCCAUCCCCAGCUCAGAUAUUCGUGACUGGCCGAAGUUUAGACUCGCCGACUCACCAGGUCUUCUUGAACGCCUUGGGGAAGGCGACAUUGAUUUUUAUGACACGUUGACUUUCGAGUGGAUCGAGUGCCCGAUAUUGUAUGCGCACGCAGUCAAAACCGAUGGCUAUCUUCUCCUUCGCCAUACUGGUAUUGAGUGUGAAGACUUCGACACAAAGCUCGCCCUCGCUACCCGAAAGGGUGACUCUUCGUCUCGCUCCUACAUUUCGAAUGUCCGUGUUGCAAUGAAAGCCAAGCGUAAAGGAAAGGGUCGGGCCUUGGAGUUGGAUGAUGGGGAAUCCGAGGGAGAAGUGCAAAUCAUUUCAGAUAUCACUCGUAAGAUCAAACAAGAGCCAGGUACUGAGCGUCCGCCAUCCAAGCGGCUCAAGCUUUCCCCUCUUGUCAUCCCCACUGCGCCUGGAGGCCUUUCCAUUCAUAGUCCUAUCUCCAUCCCUAGUUCUCCACAAUCUCCUCCUAUGACUACGACAUCUACUUGUUCUACGGCUUCUUUCUUCCCAUUUUCGGCGCUCUCCUCAGCGUCAGCGACGCCACCAGCAACACCACCUACACCUACAAGUUCUAUCCCCCUUUCACCAGACACGCUUGCCACAGUCUCUGGUGUGCUCUCGCCACUCACCGGGCCACCACCCCAAAUCCCUGGCUCGUCUCUCAAAUGGCCGGCCAACAUGUACGUCGUCGACAUGGUCCAUGGCUUUCGAAAAAUGCAUGAACUUCUCAAGGAUGGUGGGGGUACAUACCAACAACGUUUCUUAAAGGUUUUCGAACAGAAUCCUCCAACAUCAAGCACCUACCAUGACCAGGUAAAACGGUGGAAGGAUGCCCCGCCCAAAUUACGCAAGGCUUUUCUUGAUGCCGGACACACCAGUGUUGGACACUGGUCGCGUUUCGCAAAGGGUCUUCCAUUGAAGUAGCUCCCCUAUUUUGUAGCAUCAUUCGUUUUGUAUUAGAGUAGCUUUGUAUUGUUAGCUCCCCUCGCUCUCCCCGUUUUGUAGGAUCAUUUGUUUUAUAUUAGAGUAGCUUUGUAUUCUUAUGGUAUUAGAUACAUGUAAUUAUAAUUUUUCUUUUCGAUGGU